AUGGCUAUACAACUUGAGUUUGACGUGGCCACCGGCCUAUACACAGCAGGCGGAAAGGAGAUCGCCAACGCCGUUCGUCGUGCGCUGACACACCCUACGACUGUUGGCUUCGUUAAGCGCGCUGUAUCUAAUGGCGAAGGCGAAGGCGAAGGUGACGGCGAGGGCGUCCAGAUACCUGUGUGGGGUAUCGUGCUCCUGGGCGUGAGCUUCUAUGCAGCCAUCAUCGCCAUGAGUCUGUUGUCGUACAUGCUCAAGGAGGUCAUCGCUACCCUCUGCAUGGUCGAAACGCCACACGCCGCUAUCACCGUCUCGCCAUCCGAAGAGCCCGCCAGCAAAGACGAGAAGGAGGGACUUCUGGAGACCGGCCCUACCAUCACCCUUGUGCACCAGAAGCCUAUCACAUCGAGCAUUCGCGGCACCAUCAAGCAUGUCGUUGCCAACGCCGGCCGCUUCGCUCGCUUCAGGGGCUUCAAGAUCCACGCUCUGUACUCCCUAGUCUUCGCACUCGCCGUCAACUUCUUCUCGGCCUUCUUCUUCUCUCUCUUCCCCACAGGCCUCCCCGGACAAGCCGUCAUCGUCAGUGCCCUGGCUGGCGCAGCCGUUGCCAACGUCCACGCUGCAUGGACCCACAAAGUUGUCUCCCUGCCCUCCGAGGCGACCUUCUGGCAGCGCAUCCCCGGUAAAGCUCACUGGAAGACCCUCGCCCCGGCUGCCGCUAUCUCCACCGCCAUGCCUUAUAUCAGCCUGUACCUUACCGGCGGUGUCGCAAUUUUCCUUGGUCUGCACAAGCUUGACCAAGACAAUCUCGAGCAGUACACUAGGGGUCAGUGGAUGUGCCUCGCCGCCCGUGUCCUUGCCACUAUCGUUUUCGCCAUCUUCACAACCCUCUUCCUCUGCAUUCCCGCCAUCGUCACGCAGGUCCGCAUUGAGUCGUCCAUCCUGCCCGAGGACCAGGACACCAUCGUCCCCUUCGACCGCACCUUUGGCGGCAAGGUCGUCUCGCAGAUGCUCGGCGGUAGCGGCAAGAUUGGCUUCUUCGGCGCGUGGCGCAGCUUCAACUGGGAGGCCCGCCGUCGCCUGUUGAAGUUGUACGUCAAGAUCGGUGCCAUUAUGAUGUUCGCCAUGUUCGUCGUUGGCCACGUCCUCGCCUUCGAGGUCUUCGCCGUCAUGGGCCCUCAGCUUGGAGAGUUCCUCGCCAAAGCCGGGCACGACGGAUUCGUACAGCAGAACUAG